UUUCCUGUCUGUCCGCCAUCCUUGCUGCUCUCUAGAAGGGCACGAAGAGGCCGAACAUAGGGAACAGAGGGAAGGUGCUAAGUAAAGCAAGGACUUGGCAUUUCGUCUUUCAAAUAUGCUGUCCAGGCUCGUUUUCGUUUCAGCCAAUGCUUUGAAAGGCAGCGGCCCCAUUGGAGCUGGACUGGUCCAGGUUUCCCACCUCCACACAUCUCCCCAGAGUCUGGUCCCAGUACCCCCCCUGCCAGAGAAGGGGGGCAAGGUACGCCAUGGAAUCAUCCCCGAUGAGAUCUUCCAGACGCUUUACCCCAAGACUGGUGUCACAGGGCCCUACAUGCUGGGCACUGGCCUUCUUCUGUACAUGCUGUCCAAGGAGAUCUAUGUCAUCAACCACGAGACCUUCGCCGCUGCCUCCAUAGGAGCAGUUAUUAUCUACGGUGUCAAGACAUUUGGCCCCAGCGUUGCAGAGUUCGCUGACAAACUGAACGAGGAGAAAGUGGCCAAGGCUCAGGAGGUGAAGGAUCUGGCCAUGGCCAGUCUGGCCCUGGCCGUGGAGAACGAGAAGAAGGAGCAGUGGAGAGUAGAUGGACGCCAGAUGCUCUUCGCAGCUAAGAAGAACAACGUGGCCAUGCUGCUGGAGACCAACCGCCGGGAGAGGCAGCACAUGGUGCACAACGAGGUGAAGAAACGCCUGGACUACCAGCUCGCCCUGCAGAACCUGCACCGACGCAUGGAGCAGGAGCACAUGGUCAACUGGGUGGAGAAGAACGUCAUCAAUAGCAUCACCCCCCAGCAGGAGAAGGAGAGCAUCGCCAAGUGCAUCACAGACCUGAAGGCCCUUGCCAAGGCCACCCAGGCCAAAGCUACUGCAUAACUGUACAGUUGUCAGCGAAGACUCCUAAACUCACUGGUCUCAUGAGAUGCCCACUUUUCAUUACAAAUAAACUAUUUCCUCUUGAA